GUUGUACACCAGUCUGGCUUAUGACAGUGGGUAAAAGCCAGUAGGAUAUCUUUCACUAUACACAACCAGAAAUGUCAACAUCUAUGAUGAUGAAACUGAACUUUAACGUGGAACGAGUCCAUCUUGUGGGUGCUGGAUCCUAGAGAGAGAGCGUACUGGCCUGUCUGUUUUCACCAGCUCCUCCUAUGCUGCCCUGCCAGUUUACCAGGCUGUGAGAGUGAGAGUUCAGUAGGAGAGGUGGGUGAGGAGGGUUGGGGUAUCUGACAACCAGAGGGAAGACACAGACAGCCCAGCCAGAUGUCCUCGCCCUUCGUGCCAGUACCUGUCCCCAUCAGAGAUAGGACCCUGCCAGGGGCCAACGGAAAGCCCAGGCGCGGGCCUCAGAGGACCUCAUCUUUGAACAGUGUCUCCAGCAGCUCUGAGUCCUCCUCCACUAGAGGCCCCAGGGAUGAGACCCCGGGCCCUGGCCGUGACCCUGGGAGGAGAGUGAAUCGAGUCGGAGGGACUCGGUCCCAGAGCUCAGAGAGAGGCUGCUGCUUCACUUCUCCACCCUCCCUGCUGCAGUGUCAGAGCCCAGUGACCCGGGCCAGGCUGAACGGGCUUGGGCUGGACCCCACGGUGGAGUACUCCAGCUCCUCCUGGACAAACAUGGACCAGGAAUCGCCACCAGGACCUCCAGGGUCCAUCACAGGGUCCUCAGACUGGGAGGAGAGGCCCAUCACCCCCACCGUGCUGGGCUACGAGGUCAUGGAGGAGCGGGCCAAGUUAACGGUGUAUAAGGUCCUGGUGAGGAAGACUCAGAAGGAGAGUUGGGUGGUUUUCAGAAGAUACACUGACUUCUCCAGACUCAACGACAAGUUGAAGGAGAUGUUCCCAGGGUUCAGACUGUCUCUGCCUCCAAAGCGCUGGUUCAAAGACAACUACAACUCUGACUUCCUAGAGGACAGACAGCUGGGCCUGCAGGCCUUCCUGCAGAACCUGGUGGCACACAAAGACAUCGCCAACUGCAUAGCGGUGAGGGAGUUCCUGUGUUUAGAUGAUCCUCCAGGUCCUUUUGACAGUCUGGAGGAGAGCCGGGCGUUCUGUGAGACUCUAGAGGAGAGUAACUAUCGUCUGCAGAAAGAGCUGGUUGAGAAGCAGAGAGAGAUCAGCUCCCUCAAGAAGAGACUGGAGGAGAAGGACCAUCACAUCCACCUGCUGGAGAAACGCAUCAACAGGGAGUCUCUGACCCCAGAGAGCCAGAGUGGGCUGUCAGCUCAGGGCAGUGAUAGCAGCGUAGACGCAGACGGAGACGUGGAGUCAUCAACCGCCGAGGCAGACCAGGAAAUGAUGUCAGAAGAGAAUGGGAAGUGUGAGGCCCACCAGUCUCUCCGUCUCUCAGGGUGUUGGUGUGGACCUGCCACUGGCAGCUCUCCGCCCGUCAUCGAGGUGACCCAGGUGUGUGACGCUCGGCUGGAGCACUGAGCCACCGGGGACAACCCUGCUCUCCUCUCUCUUCCUUCCUUCUCUCUUCCCCUCCUUCCUUCCCUCCAUCCACCCCCCCCUCCCUCCUUAAUGACUGUGAUCACUGUUACUCAAGGAUCUUGGGAUUGAAACAUUCUGAGGGUGGGGCUUCGGACGUGAUCCCCCCGACAUCGGUUCAAGUUCAGUUUGUCGGCAGGAUAGUUGAUCAACCCCCUGCCUUGCUCAGACUUCCACAGACCCUGGCCACUGUUUGUCAGAUAGAAUAUAAAUUGGAUGGGGGCACUUUAUUCAGUAACACCCCCAGGUCUGAUCAGCUUCCAGUUAACCUGACUGGACACAAGGAUACUGACAGGAGCAGAGUAGGGACACUUUAUUCUGUAACACUCCUUCAAUGGCUAAUUGUCGCCAUGAAGUUGUGGAUAGAGUAAGUGAGGGACCUUGCAUAGACCUGCAGGGACACUUUAAUAUGAAACACGUUGUUUUUUUUUAAAGGUGAGGGCAGUCCUCAGAUUCACCUAGUCAAUUUGCUAAUGGAAGCUUGAAGACAAAACAUCCAGCUCAGACUGGUGCAGCCAGAUGACGUAGGAGGAAUGCAUCCAUCAAAUGAACUGGUAACUGUAUCUAUUACUGUAGCUCAUUAGUUUGGUUCUUGGGAUUAGUUGGAUCCACACCUUAUCUGUACGAAACAGGUUUCCAGAGCCCCCAGAUCCGUGGUCUCCCAGCCAAAGAGUGGAUGUGUAUGAAAUGACACCCUAUUUCCUAUAUAGUGCACUCCUUUUGACCAGAGCCAAAUGGGUCCUGGUCAAAAGUAGUGCACUGAAUAGCCGAUAGGGUGCCAUUUCACACACAACCAGUGCUUCACAACCAAAACCUGUAGAGGGAGAGAGACUCCACCACCACCUUAAAGCCAAUUGGAUGAUUGGGUCUUGCAAUAUGAUGAACCAUAUGAAAAUCCAUAGAUGGAGAAAUGGAACCUCACAUAGGUUGACUACUACAGCACCUCUGCAUCAGCGAAACCCCACCACCCUCUGGCUAUAGCAGGUAUGGCCACAGACGAUGACUCUGGACAAGGACUGGCGCGUGGGAAUAUUCUGGCGGUCGUUGUGUACAAAAUGGAGGGGAUUAACAUGUAAUUUCCUGUUAUUAUAAAGGCCGAGGCUGUUAUGGGGCGGUUGGAAGAUAUUUGGAGAUUGAUAGAGCUCAUAUAUAUAUAUGUAAUUUAGCUUGUCCACUAAUAUGGUCCAUGUAGUCACAUCUCAUUGCUUUGCACUGCCGAUCUGACGUACAGUAUCUUCACACAGGUAGAACAGGAAGUAUUUGUGGGGGUGGUACAUCAAAUACAUGAGUCCAUGUGUUUGUGUGCUAGUUUGGUUCAGUGAUAGUUUAUAUUUUUGACCCUACACAUUUGUUGAACUGACAUUUGUUGAUUUGCCGCUGUUAUGUUUGAUGUCUUGCAUUGCUUGCACUACUAAACCACGUCAUCUCUGUGAAGGUCUAAACACAAAGUGAACCUUAACAUAUCAGUGUACGGGCCACAAUGGAGGGACCGUUCACAUCCUUAGCGUUCAGACACCUCUUGUUUAUCAUGUCGAUCCCACAUUCCAUGAAAUCACUAUCUUUUAUGCCCAAAUUAACCCAAUUUCUACACUAAGAAAUGUAUUUUUCAUAAAUACAUUAUCAGAAGAAACUCAUUGAAGCCAGACAAAUGUGACUGAAUGCUACUUGCCAGAGUCAUAAAGAGAUACAGUAUACAUGUAUAUUGCUCUGCUACUCACGUUCAAAAGGACAAAAGACAUGCUUUCUCCUUUUUGUUACUCCACUGAUUCAUGCUGAUGUGAUUGGUGGAUGGAAUCAUUCAUAUAUCAAAGUUGAGCAGAAUGACCCCUGUCUGCAUGGAAUCAGUUUCCUCUAACUUACCAGACCACUAUCACUGACCUCAUCACUGCCUGUGAACUACGGGUAUUCCAAUCCUAGAACUAGAAUUAGGGAUUCCAUUCUAUGGUUCCGCUCCCUUGUGAAUGUAUGUGAGAGAGAAUAUGUUGACCAGACUCAAAAUCACGAUAAGCCAUAAUCUGAGCACUUGUUGUCAUUGUUGAGUAUACACAAACAUCCCAAAAAGCCAUACUCAGUACAGUAUAAUAUAUACACAGAGUGUACAAAACAUUAAGAACACUGUGCUAAUAUUGAGUUACACCCCCUUUUGCCCCAAAACAGCCUC